UUGCUGGCACCUCGUGCCAUCGACCCAAACGUGUCGAAGUCCGACUGCAGCCUAGACCACCCUCGAUCCUAAGUUCGGCUCUCUGCUGCCACACCAUGAACUAAACUUUUAUUAUAUUAAUCAAGUAGCUUGUUAUCACGAGCCAACGAGAUAGACUACAGAAUGGCUAUGAACGUCGAUUUCAACGCCUUGAAGGCGCGGACCAUGGGGUCUGGAGCCGACGAGGAAGCAGUGACAGUUGAUACUAGAGGAUUGAUCUCAAAGGUUCUGGCCCGCUAUUCUGGUAAAUGGACUGUACUUCGAGAAAUGAUUCAAAAUGCCGCCGAUGCCUCUGCAACGAAGGUGACAAUCAAGUUCGAGACUCUUCCUUCGACUACAGUACCAUCCCCAUCAACAAACGACCCAACUGCACAGCUCAAACACACCAUAAACAAUCACACUCUUCGGCGUCUCUUGAUUUCAAACAAUGGUUCUCCAUUCAGUGAAAAGGAUUGGGCACGACUGAAGCGUAUUGCAGACGGAAAUCCUGAUGAGACGAAAAUCGGAGCAUUUGGUGUUGGAUUUUACAGUGUUUUUGACGACUGCGAAGAACCAUUUGUUUCUUCUGGCAGCCAGGCCAUGGCUUUCUAUUGGAAAGGCAAUGCGUUGUUCACACGUCGACUGGACCUCGGAGAAGCUGCAAGCCAGGACACCACCUUCGUUCUGGACUACCGCAACGACUCUUCUCCGAUCCCAUCAUUAUUGCAGCUGUGUCAAUUCUUAUCAAGCAGUCUCACAUUCGUCUCUUUGCAAGAGAUAGAACUAUGGCUGGAUGAUUGGAAUCUUUUACGGCUAUCGAAGAAGACUGCUCCCAGUGUUGAUGUUGCAAUCCCCAGAGACAUUGACACCAAGACCGAAGAAGGUUUAAUGAAAAUUGUCAAAGUCACCCGAGAAAUUGCGCAGGUUGACGCUUCCUGGAUGCGAAUUGUGGAAUGGAACCCAAACGCAAGCAUAUUCCGUCUGGACAAUAUCCGUGAUACAACAAGCUCGCUGCGAAGCUUCUUUUCAAAGUUUACUGGUCAACCAGAAAAGCAGACUAAUCAGCAGCCUGAGCAUGAGCGCCAGGAAGAGUCUAGCAACAUGAACACAAUGCUGACCGCAUCGGUCUUUUUGCAUAUCAACACGGCAUCGAUCCAGCCUUCUAUCAGUUCUUCGCUGAGCAAGGAGCUAGAACGAGCUACACGAAAGCCUCCCCCUAAGAGAGCCACCAUUGCCAUUUUGACUCCUUCGUAUGAUGCCAACAUAGCUACUGGGGCAUCUUCAUCACAGUCAGAAAUCCUUUCAUCAAUCCUGCCUACAAAAGCGGGAAGGGUGUUCAUUGGUUUCCCUACACAGCAGACUACUGGCUUAAAUGCUCACGUAUCUGCACCAUCUGUGAUUCCUACUGUUGAAAGAGAGAGUAUUGACCUGAAUACUCGGUAUAUCAGCAAGUGGAAUCUCGAGAUGCUUCGUGCGGUUGGUGUAGUUUGUCGAAUUGCUUGGUCCGCGGAAAUGGCUACCAUCAAGUCCAAAUUAUCAUCAAAGAUUGGACCAUCGCGCUCAAAAAUUCGAAAGGAAGACAUUGUCGAUGUACUACCAGAGGCUAUCCACACUGCGAAUCAAUUUGUGUUCCGUGAAUCCACCCCGUCCUCGGCUUUGGGUCAGACGAUUGAAGAUGCAUUCUGGAUGUGUAACAAGAACGCUUCUAUCGAAGUCCUUUCUACCUGCGGUGUCAUCCCCAGCCAUCAGACUCGCAUUGCGCCCAAAGAACUGAGCUUCAUGGAUUCGAUUCCUGCUUUGCCUGACGAUUUUGUGAACAACGCCAAAGACUUUGUCAAAAGGCUCACCGAUUUCGGUCUCGUUACAGAAAUUACGGUAUCAGACAUCAAACGUGAGCUCGAGUCCAGCACCUUGCGCUCUAACCAGGUUGUUGAAUUCAUUGCCUGGCUUGGUCGCAAAACGGUGGCUGGCCAGCUUGAUAGACUGUCGGUCCAGAGUCUAUUGCGCGUAGCAGUGGCCAAUGACGAAGAUAAAGAAGGACAUCCCACUCGAUUGAUUAUUUUCGCGGAUAUUACUUGUUUCUUGAAUCCCCAGCGUAUUCCAGCAGACCUCCCUGUGCCACCCAGUGUAAUUCCGUUCCGGUUUACCAAAUCUCUGGGCAAACCGGAACUGGAGGCGCUCGGCUGGGUUGAGCUGCAAAUUGUUCCUUGGCUUCGUUGGCUCGUCAACAAUGCCGGAGACCGCAAUGUCCUUUCCAUCGACCAAGACAUUACACAGACGGCAUCAUUCUCUGGACAGAUCUUGCCUGUUCUAUCAAAGCAGUGGGAGCCCCUCAGCCAGGCUUCUAAACAGACGGUUGUCUCAAUACUUCAACCUCAUACUGUGAUCCCAACUAGACUUGGAAUGAAACAGCCUUCUCAGACCUACUUUGCAUCUGUGCGCCUUUUUGAUGACCUUCCCGUGGUUCAUGGAUUGAACGGCGUCAAAGAGAAAAUCCUGGUAUCACUUGGUGUUCGCAAAACGGUUGAGCUUGGUGUGAUCUUUGAUCGUCUUAUCAACACUCCCACGUCCAGCGAUGCCAAAGGACCCACACCGAGAAAAUGGAAUCACGUUGAUCUCAUUCGAUACCUUACCUCUGUGCGGGAGGACAUUCCUGCAAACGAUAUCCAGAGGCUCAAAGGUACGAGUAUCUGUACUGCUGAAAGCGACAGCGGUUCCCAGGGAACACGGUACAAGAUAUCUGAACUUUAUGAACCAAAGGACUCCCUUCGGGCUCUUGGGCUUCCGGUGCUCGAGUGGCCAGGCAUCUAUACCAACAGUAGCAACGAGGGCAAGUUCCUUGCAAUGAUGGGCCUGAAGAGCUACCCAUCAGCUGUUGAACUCAUCCGGCUCAUGACCGCCGGAAGUACAGAGAAAGACAGCCGAGCAACCAAGGCUCUGUCGUACUUCCUCAGUGAGUAUUACACAAAUGGGUACGCUGCAUUCGAUAUCAGCGCGGUCACCGUGGCAUUCCUUCCCAUCGAAGACUCUGAUCAAUUGAGUGUGCCUAAGAAAUGCUUCACCGAUGAAGGUGCAGCUCUGUUUGGCUUCAAAAUUCUUCGAAAGAACCUCCACGCCCAUGCCUCAAAACUUGGAGUCAAACCUCAUCCUCCUAUGACGGACUGUCUUCAGGUCCUUUCAAAGCAGCCCCCUACUACCCAAAAGGAUGCUCGCAUUGUCUUCAAGUAUUUAGCAGGCCGAGUGGCAGACUUGACCUCGCAGGAUAUCCAGCGUAUUAGCCAGGUCCCAAUCAUUCCAAUUGCCAUCCACAGUCAAGCCGAAAAGGCGCCCAGAACCCGUCUUGUGGCGCCUAGGCUUUGCUAUCUUGGAGACGGAGAAGACUACAAGGGAAUCUUUGACUUUGUUGAUUUCGGCCAAGAAGCGAACCUCUUCCUCAUGGCCGUCGGCUCAAAACGGGAGCCCACUAAGAUCGAGAUUGCGCGAAUGCUGGUCAAAGAGCCAGCUCGCAUCUCUGCUGCGUUCCAAAGUUCUGAGAAAUACUUGAUGCUCCUCAGGACCCUCGCGGAGCACCUCCCAACUCUGAAAAAGGAUAAGGAUCUUUUUAUUGAGAUGAAACGAGCUCCAUUCCUCAUGGCGAGCCGAGAUAUUCCUCCCCGUGGCACAGAUAAUGGCGACAAGGAAAAGUCCAAGGAGCCUCUUGAUGAAGACGACGAUCUGGAUAUCAGAGAGUGGAGCUUGGCAUCUGCAAAGGACAUUGUUGUGGUAGAUGCUUUCCAGAGUUUCAAUCUGUUCAAAGAGCACAUCCUUGCCGCGCCACAAGAAGAAGCACUGGAGAACUUCUACACUGCCCUUGGUGCCAUUCCAUUGAGUGGUCUUGUUGAAGAACAAGCGCGGUUUGGCAGCGUGGCAGCUGACCAAAAACUUGCCGUCAAGCUGCACAAAUUGAUCCUAGAGCGUGCACGACUCUUCUUGCAUGAUCAACCAGCCGAUUCUAUCCUGCAUGGAACUCGAUGGCUGGAACACUCCUUCAAAGUUCAGGUCGUGACCGCGAUAUCUCUCACGAGAUCCCUCAAGGGCCGAAGAGUUGCACACACACAAAAGCGAAAUGCCAUCGUCGCAGAAUUGGGGAGGAACUGGGGUAUGUGUAUCACCCCGGGUCGAUAUGAUCUGUAUGAGAUCAGUCAGUCAUUGGUGCAUCUGAUUCUGAAGCGGCCCAAGCUGCAUUCGACCCUUACACUAGAGAUGCUGUUGAAGACAGAUCUUCUGGAACUCCGGGCCCGAGGUUACAACGUGGAACGUAUUCUGAGACAAAAGGCCCAGGAAGCCCGGGUGGCAGAGGACAAGCGUCAAAAGCAGGUUGAAGAAGAACGGCGUGCCUUGGAGGAAAGAGAAGCAGCAUGGGCUGCGACCCAAGCCCAACGUGCGGAGGACGACAGACAUGAGCAACAGGCACAAAAUGCGAUGCCGGGUGUCUUCCCUGAAUCACCAAACAAUAACAAGAUGUUACCAGCGGAAGCACAUGCUCCUCCACCAGAAUCUAUGCCUGAGCGUCCCAAUCGCGGCUUGUUUGCCAACUUAUCGAAGCGAUUUGGCUUGGACGGUAAUAAAUCCGGCUUCUCUGGCUCUGGAGAACAAUCCAAAUCUUUGCUACCCGAAUCUGCAACACCUCCACCGCCGCCCUAUUCUCCCAACGACCCCCAGAAAUCGCGCCCAGAACAACCUGUAUCUGUCAACUCGCCGCAUCGCUUGAACUCCGAGCUUCUCUCCGCCGUCCAAGCAUGCCGGCCCCACGGAUCUUCCGAUGUGUAUAGCCGACCGGAGACGAACCAAAUCUCCGAAAGCAAGUCAUACUGUGACGAACGUCCAAGCCACGACCUGGAGUUCGUCGCUACACUUCCCAGCGGCGUCAACGUACUGUUCACAAGGACAGUCACGGAACGAUCCACAUUCCUCGCAAGCAACCGUGCAGGCUUCAAUCUCUUCGCCUCGAUUCUCCUCGACUGUGGUUCAAUCUUCUCGAUGCGAGCUGACAGUCUCAGCAUCUUCUACGACCCAGGUGGCAAGACAAUCGCCUUUAACCGGGCAGGCAGUAUCUUCUGCAACUAUUUCUAUUUCCAGCAGUUGCAGGAGGAAGCCCUGCUCCAGAAUCCCGCCCCCGACCGUUCUGACGCUAUUGUGUAUUGGUGGGUGAUCCUUUGCCAUGAGCUGGCGCAUAAUUUGGUCGGGGACCACAGCUCGGCGCAUAGUUACUACACUGAAGGCUUUGUGGCGCAGUAUUUCCCUAAGGUUGCUGUUAAGCUUGCUUCGUUGCAGGUGCCGGCUCAGGCGUCUCUAUCUAGACAAACUUGAUCUUUUACAAUGUUCAAUACCCUCAUAUGAUGUUGGAUUUGCUCGAUUUGCUCGUUUAUGUCCCUUGUGUCCCUCCCCUAUCAAUAGUGUAG